AUGAGCCGCGAAUCAUCCCCCGACAUUCUCGAUAUUGUAGGCCCUCCGUUACCCCACGAACACUACUCACCUACCUUCCGUGUUCUACCUUCCUCCUAUUCCCCUGUUCCAACGUUUCAAACCCUCAGCGACGAUGGAGACUCGGAAAGAGAGAGGGACACAGCGGACGAAACCGACGAGCUCAGCCUGAGUGACGAUGACGAACGUCUGGAAAGCGAGGGAUUGGUCAUGAAGAUGGUAACAAAUGGUAUCGGGAGGGAUACGAGUCUCAGUGAUGAGAGGGAGCAACCAGGAGGUCAAGGAGGGAAGAAGCAGACUGGAGAAAGCGGAGAGCCCAUCUCCCAGUUACCGACAAGCGAUGCACGGGAGCCAGAGGCGACGCAACUUCCUUCACCCGUGCUCACAGCAGACAUCGAGGAACCCAGCACGACACAUUCAGAGAGGGGGUCAGAGUCUGGAUGUGGUGUUCCAAUUUCAUACACACCUCCGGUCGAGACAGAAGACACAGCUCCAAUCGUUGGCCGAUCGUCCUCUUACGAGUCUACGGUGAUACCUCUCGUUCGGAGAUUGAGGAGAAAGAGAAACGAGAGCUCGGAAAUCGAAGACACUCCGGAUGAAAUACCAGUAGUUCACAAUGAAAGGCGGACAAUGACAGAGUCCCACGUAGAACGUGUCGAAGAACCCGCGAAGGAAGAUGGGCUCGCCCAUGAGGACAGUGUCACGGCGAUCGCAGGCGCGGAGAAAGAGGCACAACAUAUCCAAAAUGGCCCUGAGGACGUCAUCAGGACGGAGCCUCUUCCUGCCGCCCAGCAAGCAGACCAGCGAGCUCCUGUGGCAAGCACUCCUUUACCUAAGCCCAUAUUGGAGUCAGCCAUCGAUGAGGCGUCAACUUUUCCAAGCACACCUUCGGACCCGCCAAAGAGAAAACGAGGUCGCCCUCUCGGAUCCAAGAAUAAAAUUCGCUUUGGGCUUCCAAUCAAUAAGCCAAGUGCCCCUAGAGAUGGACAAGGAGGUCGAGGUCGCGGUCGAGGGAGAGGAGGGGGCGGAAGCGGGCGUGGUACAGCAAAUCCUGAUCAGGCCCACGCUUCAGUGGCCGACUUCCCCGGGAUUUCGCGCACCGUUCGACCCAGGCGUUGCCCCACAUACAUUUCACCCAGUCCACCUCCUCCUCAGCAUGACAGUCAAGCAGGCGUCGCUCUUCCAUCCGUAUUUCAGCCAAAGAAGGUCACGUUCUCACUCCCUCGGUUGAACCUGGAGGAUCCGGCCUUGCAAUUCUUCGAAGAAAACGAGCUUCCGGAGUAUGCACCUUUGAAGGUCCCGAAUGAAGACGAUGACAAUAUGUACGCAGAUGACGAAGGAGAACAUCUCAACCCAGUCACCGAGGCCCAUACGGCGGCGCAUCCGGAUAACCGGCGCUCUUUAGCGCCCGAGCCCGAGCUGACACUAUCUGAACGGAAGCGCAAGGCUGGUGAACAAGUUGCUAUACCCCGUCCUACGAAACGGCCUCGCCGACGAUCAAGCUCAGGCGAAGUAGAAGUCGUGUACGACUCACGAGAUCAAGCAAGAGCUGCAUCCCCCAAUGACGCAGAGUGCGAUAAGGUUGACGAAUGGGAUCUGAUCCCAUUUAAUGAGUAUGUGCUGGAUGAAGACGACUUAUUGGACACUCCGGUCACGAACGCAUCUGCUGGUAAGGGGCCUGUGCAAGAUAUUCCAAUGGACAAUCCAAUGGACGACCGCGACAUGAAAAUCCACGAACUUGAGAACCAAAUCCUUUACGAACAAGAACUCCGUUUAACGGACAAGCUUGCCGCAGCACACGAAGUUCUUGCUCUUGUUAGAAUGAACUUACGCCUUCACUCCAAGAACGCCGAAGAAAGGAAACGGCGCGCAAAGAAACACAUCAUGUCUUGAGAUAGACUAUUGGUCCGUACGAUGUAGUAUAUUUAAAAAGGCCGUUGCUACUCUACCUGCGGCAUCUCCAGCAGACUUUCGUCGUAUUCUUCCGCACUCAGUACCUGCAAGCUAUACUCCGAGUGCUUUAGCCAGCGUCCCCCUUCCUCGGUCCUUUCCAGUUCUCUGAACUUCCUUGUCGCGACCUCGUACGCCAGCUUGGCACCCAAAAUGUCCCCCAUCUUUGCGUAAGCGUACC